AUGGAACCAUUUGAGUCAUCAUUUAUUCCAACAUUACGAACGUCUUCCAGAACAAAUACGGUAUAUGCGCUUCGGUUACGUAAGGCGGAAGUAGAGAUACAGAAACUUGUCACAGAAAACUUCGAACUGAGAGCCGUUAUAGCACAACUAAAGACCGAAGUCAGCAGACUGAAGACUGAUAAAGAUACUGGUAAUAAGUUCUAUCAAAACACGUUGAAGUCCAGUAGCGAUAAAAUCACAAGCAUAUUGCACAAACUACACAAUGCAGUUGACGCUCUAAAUGUGUUGGUCGAUGAAGAUGUUAGGAACUCUCAAGAUGACAAGUACUCUUGGACUCAAAUACUCGAUGAAAAUUUUCAAACUUCUGAAGGAUAUCGUUCCACUACAAAUAGUAAUUUGGAUAAGUGGACCGAAAAGGUGCCAGAGAAAAGGAAACUUCAAAAUCCGAUUUCCUCAUACAUAAAGGACGCGAGAAUGCUAGCAAGUAUAAACGAAACCGCCGAAGAACAAUCCACACUUGAAGAACGUGUAAUGCGUUCGACGCAAAGACAGGAACCAUCUCAACUGCAACUCCAAACUACAGAAUUUGAUUACCAAACUACAGAAUUUGACUAUAUUCCAUCUCAACUCAACAUUACUUAUGACAUUUCACCGCAAACCAAGAUAGAUUCACGCGCUAUAAUGGACGAUCUAAUAACCGCGGUGAGGCGACCAAACGAUUUAAGUACAAUAUACACAGAGCAUCCAAUAUCACAAGAAGACAUUUCUGAAGGACGACCAGAGCAGAUAAAAGAGAGAAAAGACGGUAUAGCUGUAUACUGA